AUGUCUACUCAUUCAAUAGUACCUCGAAAGCUCUGGGAACACCCUGACCCCGAAUCAACCCAGAUGGCAGCUUUUAAGCGAAGUCUCGAGAAAGCCAAAGGCGUGACUCUGCCAGACUACCACUCGAUGUACCAAUGGUCUAUUCAGAACCGCAUCGCUUUCUGGGACUUUUGUUGGAAGUAUUUCCCAAUCAUCCACGAAGGAACCUAUGAUCGAGUCACGGAUGAAAAUGCUCGAAUCGAUAGUAUUCCUGACUGGUUUCCUGGAGUUCAUCUCAAUUACGCCGAGAAUUUGCUGUUUACUGCAGCUACUCCCGGUGAGACACCGUCCACUGUGACGACCCUUGGGAAAGAAGAUAACAAGCUCGCCGUGACCGAGGUUCGAGAGGGUGAUCAUGAACCAACAGUGAAUUUGACCUGGCGAGAGCUACGACAACGCACUGGUCGAUUGUUACAGGCGAUGAAAGCUGCUGGUGUCCGGAAAGGGGACCGAGUUGCAGUGGUUGCUAGUAAUAGCAUUGAUACCCUGACGGUUCUUCUAGCAACAACUGCACUCGGGGCUAUCUUCUCAUCUGCGUCCACAGAUACAGGUGUCAAGGGUAUUUUGGAUCGUAUUCGACAAAUUCAGCCUCGAUGGGUGUUCAUGGAUGAUUUCGCGGUAUAUAACGGCAAGACUGUUGAUCUCCGCCCGAAGAUCGCACAAGUCGUUGAGGGUAUGGCUGUUAUCAAGGAGUUCCAAGGAAUCAUUUCUGUGCCCAGAUUCCGAGACCGACCGGCAGAUAUCUCGCACAUUCCACGAACUCGCACCCUCGCAGACUUCCUCGCCGGAGCUCCUUCAGACCAUUUAGAAUUUCUUCGUGUUCGAUUCCGGGAUCCUUUCUUGAUUGCGUUUUCAUCCGGCACGACUGGAGAGCCUAAAUGCAUUGUUCACUCUGUUGGAGGAGUCUUGAUGAACAGCAAUAAAGAAGGUCGCCUCAACAGAAGCUUGAACUCGGAUGCAAUCACUCUUCAGUAUACUACUACUGGGUGGAUCAUGUAUAACUCUUGCGUCUCGGCUCUGGUCUUUGGUGCAAGGCCUAUUCUAUACGAUGGAAGUCCAUUCCAACCAGACCCGAUAGUCCUCGUGAAGCUCCUUGAAAAGCAUAAGGCCACGCACUUCGGUACAUCGCCUCGCUGGAUGCACGAAAUGAGAAAGAAUAAACUCAGUCCACGAAAGAUUGCAGACCUCCAUAGGCUAAAGGGUGUCACUAGUACCGGCAUGGUCCUCUCCGAGUCUCUCUUCGAAUGGUUCUACGACGAAGGCUUUGAACCUCACACUCUUCUGGCCAAUAUAUCAGGAGGCACAGAUUUGGCUGCAUGCUUGGGCUUGGAAAAUCCUAUCUCGCCACUGUAUGUCGGUGGAUGUCAAGGCCCAAGUCUGGGAAUGCCUAUCGCUGCUUAUGAACAAGUUGACGAAGAGGCUGGCCAAGCAAAAGGGUCGGAAGCUAUACCCGGCGAGCCCGGGGAGGUCGUUGUGACUGCCCCAUUUCCUAGUAUGCCGGUCAAGUUCUGGAGUGAUGAAGGGGGGAAGAAGUACUUCAAUGCCUACUUUGCACGUUAUGACAAUGUUUGGACCCAGGGUGAUUUCAUCGCAAUUAACCCCAAUUCUCGCCAAAUUCUCUUCCUCGGCCGAUCUGAUGGUGUCUUGAAUCCCUCCGGUGUUCGGUUCGGAUCUGCAGAGAUCUAUAAUGUCAUCGACACUCAAUUCACCAAAGAAAUUGUCGAUUCGAUCUGUGUUGGACAGCGUCGACCAAAAGAUGCAGAUGAAUCGGUUAUCCUGUUUCUUCUCAUGCGGCCAGGUUUCAAGGUUGAUCAGCAGCUGGUGACCCGCGUCAAAGAUGCCAUUCGCAAAUCGCUAAGUGCUCGUCAUGUCCCCAAGUAUAUUUUUGAAACUCCUGCUAUUCCGGUCACCGUCAACUUGAAAAAGGUUGAGCUUCCAGUGAAGCAGAUUGUCUCGGGCAAGAAGAUUAAACCGUCUGGUACACUUUUGAACCCGGAGAGUCUUGACUUCUACUACCAAUUUGCAGAAGUGGAAAAAAUUGUUCCACCUCAGGCGAAGCUAUAG